ACAUCGUAUCUGACAUUGUGCCGUUGCUAUGACUCGGCAUUCUAUCGAUAGGCCAUUACAUUUCUUCGCCCGAUUCCAUCGCUGUCGGUUCGUGAAGUAAAAGUCUCUCGCUCGAUUUUAUCCAAAACCCUAUUUUCAUAAAUUUUAAUCAUGCGUGAAUGUAUCUCCAUCCAUGUUGGCCAGGCUGGCGUCCAGAUGGGCAAUGCCUGCUGGGAGUUGUACUGCUUGGAGCACGGUAUCCAGCCUGAUGGCCAGAUGCCAAGUGACAAGACCAUCGGAGGUGGUGACGACUCCUUCAACACCUUCUUCAGCGAGACUGGUGCCGGCAAACACGUCCCCAGGGCUGUCUUCGUCGAUCUGGAGCCAACUGUAGUCGAUGAAGUCCGAACUGGAACCUACCGCCAGCUCUUCCAUCCCGAGCAGCUCAUCACUGGUAAGGAGGAUGCCGCCAACAACUACGCCCGUGGUCACUACACCGUCGGAAAGGAGCUCGUCGACCUCGUCCUGGACAGACUGCGUAAAUUGGCUGAUCAGUGCACUGGUCUCCAGGGUUUCCUCAUCUUCCAUUCCUUCGGUGGUGGUACCGGAUCCGGAUUCACCUCCCUCCUCAUGGAGCGUCUUUCCGUCGACUACGGCAAGAAGUCCAAGCUGGAGUUUGCCAUCUACCCAGCUCCCCAGAUCUCCACUGCAGUUGUUGAGCCAUACAACUCCAUCCUGACCACCCAUACCACCCUUGAGCACUCUGACUGUGCUUUCAUGGUCGACAACGAGGCCAUCUACGACAUCUGCCGCCGUAACUUGGACAUCGAGCGACCAACCUACACCAACUUGAACAGGCUCAUCGGUCAGAUCGUUAGCUCCAUCACCGCUUCCCUGCGAUUCGAUGGUGCCCUCAACGUCGACAUCACUGAGUUCCAGACCAACUUGGUGCCAUACCCACGUAUCCAUUUCCCUCUGGCCACCUAUGCCCCAGUCAUCUCUGCCGAGAAGGCCUACCAUGAGCAGCUCUCCGUGUCUGAGAUCACCAACGCCUGCUUUGAGCCAGCCAACCAGAUGGUGAAAUGUGACCCUCGUCACGGCAAGUACAUGGCCUGCUGCAUGUUGUACCGUGGUGACGUUGUCCCCAAGGAUGUCAACGCUGCCAUCGCCACAAUCAAGACAAAGAGGACCAUCCAGUUCGUCGACUGGUGUCCAACUGGUUUCAAGGUCGGAAUAAACUACCAGCCACCCACUGUUGUCCCAGGAGGUGACUUGGCCAAGGUGCAGCGUGCGGUCUGCAUGUUGAGCAACACCACUGCCAUCGCCGAGGCCUGGGCUCGUCUUGAUCAUAAGUUCGAUCUGAUGUACGCCAAGCGUGCCUUCGUCCACUGGUACGUCGGAGAGGGAAUGGAAGAGGGCGAGUUCUCCGAGGCCCGUGAGGAUUUGGCUGCUCUUGAGAAAGAUUACGAAGAGGUCGGUGUCGACUCCGCCGAAGCCGAGGGCGAAGAAGAAGGAGAAGAAUAUUAAACAAAAUAUUCAAACCAGGGAGCUGAAACCACGGAGAAUAUCACAAAUUAAAAGACAAACUUUUAUAUAUAAUGGCAACCUUAGUCAAUACUUAACAUUUGAAACUGAAUCUUGACAUUCUUUAAAAAUCUGUAAAAAAGGACGAAAAUGAACAAUUUUUGAAACGCUUUUAUGAUACUCGACAUCAUUUAAGUGAAUAUUCUGCCAUUUACAAUCUGAAGAUUGGUAUUGGUCUGACAUGUUUAUGCCUAUGUCCUUCUGACCUUUCUGAUUUCUUUUAGAUUCUUUUGAAGAGUCUAGUCUUUGUUAUUUGUUACGUGGUGAUUAAAAUAUUCAUGAAAAUGUA